AUGGACUACCGGGGCAACCCGUACCUGAACUGGGGUGCGUGGGGACUGUGGACGGGGGACGAGGAGGAGGAGCACUGGGACGGUGUCUACCACAAAACAAGCAAGGACAGGAAGAAGAAGUACAAACAGUCCAAAAUCAAAUCCUUCUUCAGGAGACUUAACACUAGGAUCAUGGCCAACCGGAUAUAG